UUCACGGUGUGGUGUCGUCGAUAAGAAAAAAUAUUUUAUUAUGAACAUACACAUCUUUUAAUUUCCUAAAUAAAUAUUUAGAAAGAUUUUAAAUUUUCAUAUCCUAUAAAUCUGUAUUCGAUAUGGGUCCAAACAGAUUCAUAUCAUCUUUGUAUUUGUAUAGUUUAAUGUAGAAUAAAAAUCCCUGAAUUUUAAUAAUUUUAAUUGAAACAUUUCUAACGCAAUAAAAUGGACUCUCUUAUAGGUCCUAUACCGUUCAUGACCCGAAUAUACCUCUCCACGUCAGUCUUUCUGAUGAUAUUGUGUUCCUUGGACAUUAUUAGCCCAUUAAAUCUAUAUAUGAGCUGGACGUUGGUCUUUCAAGGUGAAGUUUGGCGUUUAAUUACAUGUUUUGUAUACUUCGGGUCGUUUGGAAUGAUAUUUUUCUGGAAUAUAUACGUUUUGAUCCACUACUGCAGCUCAUUGGAAAGUGUUACGAUGCAUAACAAGCCUGCAGAUUUCCUGUGGAUGCUGAUUUGCAAUGGAGCAAUGUUAUUGGCUUUGGCUCAAAUAUUUGGGCACAGUAUGUUCUAUGGAGGAACAAUGAUUAAUAUUUUAACAUAUAUUUGGGGAAGGAAAAAUCCAUAUAGUCGAGUGGGUAUAAUAUUUCUAUCGGUUCCAGCCCCUUAUCUACCAUGGAUUUUGGCUAUAUUGUCCUACAUGGCAGAUUAUUUACUUAAUGAAAAUCUCUUGGGUAUCUUCGUCGGUCACAUCUAUUACUUCUUUACGGAUGUUUUCCCCAAAAUGCCAAUCUCCGGUGGCCGUCAAAUCUUUGCAACGCCAGAGUUUUUGAAAAUUCUGUUAAAUCAAUACGGUUAAUGUAUUAUCGUUAAAUAUUAUCUCUUACUUCCUCUAAAAUUUAUAUAUGGACCACAUCAAUUAUCCACCUAAGUCAUCCACCUGGAACCCUGGGAGUAUCCAGAAGUCCCUUUAUCGACUCGUAUAACAUCUCCUUGGUCAUGAAAGACUCGUCAAGUGUUGUGGUUAAUUGAGAUAGAAGUUGAUCAAUGGAACUUAGCCUACUAGAAUAGUUUGAAAC